AUGAGACUCCAUUUGCUUCUCCUUAUUCUCCUUCCUUUUUCAAUUAUCUUAUCCCCAGCAAGAGGUGGUUUGGGUGCUGCGGAAGGUCAUUAUCUCAAUUUGUCUGGUGUCUGCCAAAGAGAUGUCUGCAAAGUAGUAGAAGAUCAAAUUGGUGCCUGCCGAAGAAGGAUGAAGUGCUGUAGAGCAGGGUGGAUUUUAAUGCCAAUUCCAACAACACUUAAUAUGUCAGAUUAUCAAGAACCCCUUAAACCUAAGUUAAAAUGA